AUGCCGAUGAUUUCCGAGACGCUGGAGUACGCCAACACUUUCCGCGAACAAUUCGGCGUCGAACCGAAUGACACAUGGAGCGAGAUCUCGGACAAUGUUCUCGUGCUCCAAGAGCAAGGUGUGACAAUAGAGUAUACCACGAUGAACGGAAGCGCGGCAGUGAAGCAGGCUGACGUUGUGCUUGUCACUUAUCCCUUGGUCUACGACAACUAUACCGCAGAAAAUGCUCUCACCGAUCUCGAUUAUUACGCGAACCGACAGUCUGCGGAUGGCCCGGCGAUGACCUGGGCCAUCUUCUCCAUCGUCGCGGGAGCUGUCUCUCCCUCUGGCUGCUCUGCAUUUACCUAUCAGCAGUAUUCGUACGCUCCGUACGCGAGGGCACCCUUCUUCCAACUCUCGGAGCAGAUGCUAGACAACGCGAGCAUCAACGGCGGGACUCAUCCGGCUUAUCCGUUCCUAACCGGCCAUGGCGGCGCCAACCAAGUCGUUCUGUUCGGCUACCUGGGCCUCCGAUUCCUUCCUGACGACGCCAUCCACAUCGAACCCAACCUUCCGCCACAGAUCCCUUAUGUGAAGUAUCGUACGUUCUACUGGCGCGGCUGGCCGAUCUCGGCUCAAUCGAACUAUACGCACACCGUGAUUCAGCGUGCUGCAAAUGCCCCGCCCUUGGAUACGGCUGAUCAACGUUUCGCGAACGCUUCCAUCCCUGUUUAUGUCGGUCUGGCCGGGAAUGCAACCCUGCACCGCCUGCCCACUCGUGGCCCCCUUACAGUCCCCAACCGACAGAUCGGAACAAUCAACACGAUUGAAGGAAACUUGGCGCAAUGCAGCCCAGUCUCGUCGCCUGAUGAGUUUGAGCGAGGCCAAUUCCCGAUCUCGGUUGUGGAUGGCGCCACCUCCACACGCUGGCAGCCGACAUCAUCCAACAGCAGCUCCGUGACAAUCAACCUGGGAGUAACGAUGGAUCGAGCGCAAACCAUCGCAUCGGGCUUCCAUUUCGAAUGGGCUCAGGCGCCGCCCACCAACGCGACGGUGAUUUUCCACGACGAGCCGUUGCUGGGCCAUGUUUCGGUGGCUUCCCCGGGGCCGAACGCACGGAUUGUGGCGGCCCUCACAAACAUCGAGCAGUCCCGGCCCUACGACGAGGAGUCGACCGAUUUGAAUGAAAUCAGGAUCCCAGUUGGAAACACGACGACAAUUCAGCUCGAUGAACAGGUCCCGGUUGCGCGGUACGCGACUCUUGUGAUCUCAGGAAACCAGGCGCUCAGGGAUGGGGAUGAAGAUGUGGGCGCGACCGUGGCGGAAUGGGUGAUCCUCGGACCAAACUCGGGACGCGCCCAACGGCGAAUCAAGCGAGUCGCAAUUCCAUAG